GAGAGGGUGAGGUUCCAUCGCCUGCGGCUCUGGAGUUUGUCCAGGGAGGGGCUGGAAGCCGCGAGCAAUUUCUUCGCUAGUCGAUCUAAUCAGUGGAGUUGCAACCAAUUUUCAGGGCCAGUGGCUUGGCAAACGACGGGAUUUGGAAUUUCCAUGGCGACCUCCAUGGCGACGCGCGCCGUGGUGCCUGCUGUGACCAAUGGCCCUGGGAUUAGGAGCUCCUCUGCAGCAGCCGGAGGAGCGGCGGAGAGUAGCGCAGCGGCCAUGGUUGCUUCUGUCAGACCGAGGUCGAGUUCUCUGAGAAGUGGAUUUUUGGGCUGCAAGGUGCAAGUAGGAGUUGUUGCCAACGUUGCCGCAGCGGGAGUGGGGAAGAAAAGAGUCGCGAAUGCAGGACGAGCCAGGGCUGCUUCUGAGGACUAUUAUAACAUUCUUGGAGUAUCGAAGAGCGCCGAUAAAGCCGAAAUUAAAAGUGCGUACCGGAAGUUGGCACGUCAAUAUCACCCAGAUGUAAACAAGGAGGCUGGAGCUGAGCAAAAGUUCAAGGAUAUUAGUAAUGCCUAUGAGGUGCUGUCCGAUGAUGAAAAACGAUCAUUGUACGAUAGAUAUGGCGAAGCUGGGCUCAAGGGCGCUGGAGCCGGAGCUGCGGAUUUCAACAAUCCCUUCGAUCUGUUCGAAACAUUUUUUGGAAGUAUGGGUGGAAUGGGAGGAAAUGCCAGAGCUCAAAGAAGCCGUCCUACGCAGGGUGAUGAUGAGAGGUAUGACUUGCUCCUUGACUUCAGAGAUGCCGUUUUCGGAACAGACAAAGAUAUAGAGGUUACUCGCCUCGAGUCAUGUAACACGUGCAACGGUUCCGGAGCCAAACCGGGAACAACACCCACAACCUGUAACACUUGUGGAGGACAAGGGCAAGUGGUUUCGACAGCACAAACACCUUUAGGUGACUUUCGGCAGGUGGCCACCUGUCCUGCCUGUGGAGGAACAGGUGAAAACGCCACGCCCUGCAAUACUUGUGGUGGGGAUGGCCGGGUGAGGAAAACGAAGAGAAUAAGUCUGAAAGUACCAGCGGGUGUUGAUUCUGGGAGCCGUCUCCGGGUUCGAUCCGAGGGUAAUGCUGGUCGGCGUGGUGGCCCCCCAGGUGAUUUGUACGUGUUUAUCAACGUCCGAUCAGAUCCGGAGUUGAAAAGGGAUGGAAACAACAUUUUGAUUUCUAGCAAGGUGUCGUACAUCGAUGCAAUCCUUGGAACAACGGUUAAGGUCCCAACUGUGGACGGCACUGUCGAUUUGAAAAUACCCGCCGGAACACAACCGGGAACAACACUCGUCAUGGCCAAACGUGGAGUGCCUUUGCUAGGAAAGAAUAAUCUGAGGGGAGACCAACUAGUUCGAGUACAGGUAGAGAUUCCGAAGCGGAUAAGUAGCGAAGAGAGAAAAUUGAUUGAAGAGCUCGCAGCACUCAGCAAACCGAAGGCCGCUGGCAGCAGGGUGUAAGAAACCGAAUACGAGGGGGGUUUAAAACUUAGUUCUAGAAUGGCAAGAAAUAAACUGCUAAAAUGACUAAGGUAUGUCGACAACUGUCUCAACGUUGAGAACUGAAAAUUGCUGGCCAAACUUGAAGGCUAGGCCUUAAAAUGCAGUUUACAGAAGCGGACGUGUCCUUGGCGAGCAUAGUUAGAGAUCAUUCUUGUACGUCAUGUAUUGGUAUCAAAGUUGUCUACAUUUAUUAGCUUUCGGGAAGCUUUUUUCCCGCUCAGGCUCGCCUUUCACUUGUAAGAGUUUCACACGUAGAGCAUCAUUCACUGAGGCCGGUGAACUGCCUGAGUGAACCAAUUCAAUGACAUUUGUCAAAGAAUUUUGCCGUAUACUAAAAUACAAUUUUUCCUGACACGUUGCCUUCGGUUCAUCUUCUUAGCCUGUCAUGUGCUCUUUUCGAACUUCGUUCAUUUGUACCAGUAUAUCUAUUUUAUGCACUUUUACUUGUGCAGGAGAUUUUCAAACCUUACUAUUUGAACUGCUUUCCCUUGGAUUGUUUUCGGGAA